ACUGCAGUGUAAAGAUAGAGUGAGAGUUCAGUUUAGCUCCUGAGUCACCAGACAGGCUGUUAACUUCCUUCUGCUUCAUUUGCCUGAGAACUUCCAAGAUGUCCUUCAACCUCUCAGAGAUCGAGUUUGAUUAUACUGUGUUUAAUCAGGAGAUCUUGGAAAAAACUGAAUACCUGAAACUCAUCAGGAUGCUCUACAUGGUUACAUACCUCUUCAUAUGCGUGACGGGUGUGGUCCUCAACGCUUAUGUGAUCAUCGCAGGUGUCCGCAAGUUUCGAAGCCACAGGAAUCCCACUGUUUGGGAGCAGCACACCUGUGCAUGGGUUCUGGCGCUGGCCGUGACCCAUCUGGUGUUCUCCGGCUUCCUGGUGCUGCAGUUCCUCUACGCCUGGAGGCACUUCAAUUGGCAUCAUGGAGCGGCUCUAUGCAAGAUCUCGUCCUACGUUUUCUACUACAGCAUGUUCUCUACGGCUGCCCUGCUCAGCCUGACGAGUGUCGGCAGCUGUAUCGGCAGCAGCACGUGCUUUAAAGGCAUUCGUUUCAGCAAACGUGAAAAGUUCUUGGUUAUCCUCAUGGUGCUGAGCUCCUGGACGUUCGGGGCGGUCCUUAGCAGCCCAUCUCUGCUUUCCCGAGAGCUUCGAUACACGGAGGUGGGACUGCAGUGCAUUGACGACUUUGAUCUGGACAAGGAGAAGACCACAGACCACGGUUUGGCAACACUGACCACCGUCGUGCUCUGCAGGUUCCUGCUGGGGGUUUUGUUUCCUGUGAUUUUGAUGAUCAUCAGCGCAUGUAUAGCACAACGGCGAGGGGUCCACAAAAAGGGCACUUGUCAUAAGAUUGCCCUUGCAGUCAAGGUGGCCUACUUCAUCUGCUGGGCGCCUCUACUCUCGAUGGCGCUCAUUCAGGUCAAAGAAGGGAAUAUCAAAAGUUUCAAAUAUGGGUUUCCAGCAGCAACCGUGCUGGCUGCAGCUCACUGCUUCAUCAACCCCAUCAUCUACCUGCUGGUGGGACGCAAAACCAACAUGGCGUGGAUGCUGGAGGUCCCAGAUCCAAAAACAAAAAUGUCCCAGAAUGAAGACAUAGAACUGUGAACAUGAUGCAGAGAAUUCUGCAGUAAUAUUGUGUGCAGCUGAAUUACCAGCAGUUAACCCAGAUCCAGUAAGCAAUCUAGAAUUCGAAUAACUGCUGCUAAAUUAAGGAAACAAAUAAAGAAUUGCAUUCCCUUCUCCAAAGCACAAAUAAUUCAUACAUGCAAUAUAUUGUAUAUUAGCAUCAGCAUGGACCCACCAUCAUUAAAAAUGUUACUUUAAUUCAGUAAUGUAGUUUAAAAUGUGAAACUUCUAUAUAUAUAUGUAUAUAUGUAUAUAAGUGAGAGUGAUCUAUUUUUGCGUUAUUUUUAUUCUUUUAUUAUUGAAGAUUAUGGUUUAUAGCAAAUGAAAACCCCAAAAUCUGUGUCUCAGAAAAUUUGAAUAUUAUAUAAGACCAAUUGGUACGUUUGUCAGUGUGGGCAGUGUGCCAAGUCUUGCUGGAAAAUUAAAUCCACAUCUCCAUAAAAGUUGUUUUCAGCAGAGGGAAGCUGUAAGAUAUGAAGUGCUGUAAGUGAUUCUGUGGGAACACAAAACUGUAAGACUUUCGACUUGAUAAUAAAACACAGUGGAUCAACACCA